GGCACAAACGUCCCACAGACGCCACAAAAAGAGGCACAGAAGACUGCUCUCGAAUAGCAAAAAAAAAAUGGAAAGAGAAGAGACAAAAAAAAAUGCAAGAAGAAGAACAGAGAGAAGAUCUAUUGAACAUAGUGGCGGCACGAACCCUCCGGUUAUCUAUGGGAAAGAAAAAGACCAACGAUUGUGAGACAAAUGCCGGAACAGCGCUGACAGAAUCAAAACAGCAAGCAGCACUCAAAGUGGACACCACCUCCGACUGUAAAAGCAACCAAAUCAAAGGAAAAUCAACAAAAAAUCAAUCUGACAAUGAUGUUGAGUCGGCGGAGUCCACAGCCACCAAGGAAGCCAUCAGCAACAGCGACAAAGAGUCCACAAAUGAUUCUGCCAGUGGAACAGUAGUCGAAGAAUCUGCAAAAGUUGAGGCCACCGAAGUGGAAAAGAAAGCCUGUAAAAUUCGCAUUGUGCCUCUAGAGAAACUCUUGGCCCAGCAACCGAAAGAGCAACCAAAAGCCUUGCCACAGCGCAAGUCUCGCAAUAACACUUCGAUCAUUGAAUUGAGCGACAGCGACGAGACCGACGACGGCGAAUCGAUCGUUGUACAGAAUCCUUUGCGCAGGAAAGCAAAGGCGAACGCCAGUGCCACCAUCACUGUCUUGUCCUCCUCCGAGGAGGAUAGCAGGCCCUUUGAGCCAUCGAAGACGGUCGAGGCCAAGAAGCGGCCAAAAAGGAAUAUCCUCAGUCUGUUCAACUCAUCCGCCGAGGAGAGCGACAGCAAGCACUUGCAGGUCAGCGUGAACGGAAAAGGGAAGAGACCACGCAUCGCUUCGUCCUCUGAAGAGAGUGACAGUCGGUCAGCAGGUACACGCACAAAGAAAUUUCUCUCUCUGCGGAAGAGAAAGCGAUCUUCCCACGAAGCCGGCAGCCUCAGUCAGCUCCUAAAGGCGGCCAUCAACGGCACGGAGGAGCAAAGGUCUCCGAAGAAGUCUAAAAGAACUGAAGAGCGCCUGCGCCAUCAGGUUGCCAGCGAUUCUUCCCAGAUUAGCAACUCCGAAGACAGCGACGGCACAAAGAAGGAGAAUAGUCGCAGAAAAAUAGCAACAAGGCAAAGGUCACCCAAGAAUCGAGGGCUGGAGAGCGACUUAUCUGAGGAUAGCAACGCCACAGGGAAGGAGAAGACUAGCAAGAAAAUUGCUAGUGAGUGUUCCACUUCCUUAGAGGAAAGCCUGCCACGGCUGACCCGCAGGAAGGCCAUCAACAGCAGCGACAAGAAGAUCAGGCAAGGCAGUCCCACGCGGCUUUCCAAGGAGAAGCAGCCAAGGACAGUGGCUGCCCAGCAGCAGCAGCAGCAUCGACUGAAAAGUUGUUUGGUGCGCUUGAAGCGGAUUAAAGGGUCAGAGCCACAGAAGGGCCCAAAGCCAAAGCAUCAGGCAAAGCCAAAGCCACAGGCAGAACCAGAGCCAGAGCCACAGUCAGAGUCAGAACCGGAGCCAGUGCCAGAGCGAGAGCGAGAGCCGACGCCGCAGGCAGAGCCAGGAGCAGAACCAAGCGGAACUUUAAAGCAACGCAAGCACAAAAUGAGCACAGAUUCGGAGGAGGCUGCCACAACCUCGGGCACGGCAGCAGCCAAGCGGCAGCGUCGCAGCGCCAAGAAGAGUGCGGAGAGUGAGCCGGAUUCCGACUACGAGGCAGCUGAGGCGCCCGAGCAGGCCGAUUCCGAUGCGCAGGAGGAGGAAGAGGAGGAGGAGUACCAGGUAAAAUCCGAAGAAGAUGAAGAGGCGGAAGAGGAGGCUGCACAGACGAGCGGCAGCGAGGUGAUACCACAGCGCAAGCGACGCGGUGGCGUCAAGAAGCGUGACACCGACUCCGACAAGGGUUCCUCCGACUUCGAGCCGCACGAAAAGUCCAAAAAGAAGCGCAAACGCAUCAAAAAGAACUCGAGCGGCGACAGCGAUGCGGAUGGCGAUGAGGAGAAGCAGAAGAACAAGCGCAAGACCAUUCGGAAGAUCAUAAAGAGCAAGGAUCUGGACAUGACCACCAAGGAGGCGGCCAAAGAGGAGGAUGAUCGCCGCCGUCGCAUCGAGGAGCGCCAGCGGGUGUACAAUCGCAUCUUUGACAAAUCGGAGAGCGUCGAAAUCUCCGAGUUGGUGCUGGACUUCGAUGAGGACUCCAAGAAGGCGCUGCUGCAGGUGGACAAGGGUCUGCUGAAGAAGCUCAAACCCCAUCAAGUGGAGGGCGUUAAGUUCAUGUGGGAUGCCUGCUUCGAGACGCUCAAGGAUAGCGAAGAGAAGCCCGGCUCCGGCUGCAUUCUGGCCCACUGCAUGGGCCUGGGCAAGACCCUGCAGGUGGUGACACUCAGCCACACGCUCCUCAUGAACACCAGGCGCACAAACGUGGAGCGCGUCCUCGUGAUUACGCCCCUCAGCACGGUGAACAAUUGGGCGCGUGAGUUCCUCUAUUGGAUGAAGUUUGCCAAUCGCAAGGACAUCGAAGUGUACGACAUCUCCCGCUACAAGGACAAGCCCACGCGCAUCUUCAAGCUCACCGAAUGGUUCAACGAGGGCGGAGUGUGCAUCCUGGGCUACGACAUGUACCGCAUCUUGGCCAACGAAAAGGCCAGAGGAUUGCGCAAGAAGCAGCGCGAACAGCUGCAACAGGCCCUGGUCGAACCCGGCCCCGAUCUGGUCGUCUGCGAUGAGGGGCAUUUGCUGAAGAACGAGAAGACGUCGAUCAGCAAGGCGGUGACAAGGAUGCGCACCAAACGGAGGAUUGUCCUCACAGGAACUCCGCUGCAAAAUAAUCUCAGAGAAUAUUACUGCAUGAUUCAGUUUGUGAAGCCAAGUCUGCUUGGCACCUACAAGGAGUACAUGAAUCGCUUUGUGAAUCCCAUCAGCAAUGGCCAGUACACGGACUCCACGGAGCGCGAUCUCCGCCUGAUGAAGCAUCGCUCCCACAUACUGCACAAGCUGCUGGAGGGCUGCAUCCAGCGCAGAGAUUACUCCGUUCUGGCGCCGUACUUGCCACCGAAGCACGAGUAUGUGAUCUAUACGACGCUGUCGGAGCUGCAGCAGACACUGUAUGGCUACUACAUGACCACAUAUCGGGAGCAGAACAGCUCCGAUAUCUGCGGCAAGGGUGCGCGCUUGUUUCAGGACUUCCAGGAUCUGCGGCGCAUCUGGACGCAUCCGAUGAAUCUGCGCGUGAACAGCGACAAUGUAAUUGCCAAGCGGCUGCUCAGCAACGAUGAUUCCGACAUUGAGGGCUUCAUUUGCGACGAAACCGAAGAGGAGGAAGCCGCCACCAAUUCCUCCGACAGCUGCGAGUCCUUCAAGUCGGACGCCAGCAUGGCGGGUGCGCGAAAGACCACCAAAAAGCACAAGACCCGCAAUAGAGCGGCUGCCGAUUCGGAUUCCGAUUUUGAGAUGCUGCCGUCGGGACCGCUGGCCCAGAAGGACGAUCCCUCCGAGUGGUGGAAGCCAUUUGUGGAGGAGCGCGAGCUAAACAAUGUCAAUCAUUCCCCCAAGCUGCUUAUUCUGCUGCGCCUGCUGCAGCAGUGCGAAGCCAUUGGCGACAAAUUGUUGGUCUUUUCGCAGUCACUGCAAUCGCUGGACGUCAUCGAGCACUUCCUGUCGCUGGUGGAUAGCAACACAAAGAACUAUGAAUUUGAGGGGGACGUUGGCGACUUCAAGGGCUGCUGGACCAACGGCAAGGACUACUUCCGACUCGAUGGCUCCUGCAGCGUCGAGCAGCGCGAGGCCAUGUGCAAGACAUUCAACAAUGUCACCAAUCUCCGCGCUCGCCUUUUCCUCAUUUCCACGCGUGCCGGCGGCCUGGGCAUCAAUCUGGUGGCCGCCAAUCGUGUGGUAAUCUUCGAUGUCUCCUGGAAUCCCUCGCACGACACGCAGAGCAUCUUCCGGGUGUAUCGUUUCGGGCAGGAGAAGCCCUGCUACAUCUACCGCCUCAUCGCCAUGGGCACCAUGGAGCAGAAGGUGUACGAGCGGCAGGUGGCCAAGCAGGCCACCGCCAAGCGUGUGAUCGACGAGCAGCAGAUCUCCCGGCACUACAAUCAAACGGACCUCACGGAGCUCUAUUCCUACGAACUGAAGCCAACGGCAGAGCGCGAGAUGCCGCUGCUGCCCAAGGAUCGUCUGUUUGCCGAGCUGCUGACCGAGCACGACAAACUGAUAUUCAAAUACCACGAACACGACUCCCUGCUGGAGCAGGAGGAGCACGAAAAUCUCACAGAGGAGGAGCGCAAGUCCGCGUGGGCCGAAUACGAGGCAGAGAAAACGCGCACCGUGCAGGCCUCGCAGUACAUGAGCUACGACCGCAAUGCCUUUGGCAAUCAGGUGAUGGGCCAAUUUGGCAACGCCUCCGGCAGCGUCACCUCCAGCAAGAUCUUCGGCUUCCGCACGGACAUUCUGCUGCAGCUGCUCAAUAUGAAAAUAUGCAAAGAUCAUCCCGAGUUGACGCAGAACCAGGUCAUCCAGUUGGUGCCCACCUAUCUGCAGCAGCUGUACAACGAGAUGAACAAUGGGGAUCCCACCAUGUACAAGGAUCUGUUGAAUCUGCACGGGAAUAUCAUACACCCAAGCGGCAUGUAUAUGAAUCCAUUGCUCUAUGCCAACCAGCAUCCCUCGGCGGCUGGCUACAACCAGGGUACAGGCGGCAUCGCGGCGGCUCCAGGUGCGGCAGGUGCUGCUGCAGCGCCAGUUGUGCCCGCAGCACCAGGUUUCGAGCCGGAUAAGGUAUACGAAAUUGAUUAGAAUGCCCCCCCCCCCCACACACACACAAACACAAACACAAUUUGGACAGAGAAGGAAGCAGCUUCCUAGUGUAUUCUUGUAUCUAAUUUAUUGCCAGACUACAGUUGAAUCUUUGUAUUAGAUUAGAUCCAUUUGUGUCAAUCAUUUGUUAGGGUGGGGGAAACACACACAAACUGGAGGCCAUCGCUCUGGCUCUGGCUCCGGUUCUGACUCUGACUGUGGCUCAGCCUCUGGCAUUGGACCCUCCUGUGGCUCUGACCCUUUAAUCCGCUUCAAGCUGUUGCUAAUCUGGGAAGAAUCCGCUGACAACCUGAUGGCGCAGACUUCGGAAGAUCGGUUUCUCUUCCGCAGAGUCAGAGACAGUCUAGUUAAGGGUUCUAAACUGUCGUAAAGAUUCAGCUGUAGUCUUUCAUUUUAUUAGUUAUAAUGGCGUUUUUCAGUUAUAGUUUAAAUAUAAAGAAACACCACAAAAGUAACUAUUUUAGAUCGCAUAGCUAUUAUGAUUAUAAUAUGAAUGGAUAGGACCCACUCUCCUCACCCCUCACACAAGAACAUUAUUUAAACACGCAACAAAAGAUAAACAAUAAAUGGCACAGAUAUGAUACAUAUAA